AUGAGCGAGGAGUAUCUCGAGGCGGCGUCAUUUCUCGCUUACGCCGCUGCCCGUGCUGCCCAUACUUCCCUUACUACACAAGAACUUGAACAGGUUCAACGUGCAAGUAUGAUAAUGGAUAGACGCUUGAUGAGAUUGAAACAAUCCUGUAGGGAUAAACAGAGAAAUCCGUUAUGGACACCUAUAUUAUCAUCAACAAGGAGAUUACAGUCAAUACAAGAGGGUGUAGUGGGAGCUUUCCUUGAACGUCCUCUCCAAUGUACCGCAGUUGUAGUAAAGAGAAAGACGGAGGUAAAGGGAUGUGAAGAAGGAAACCGAGUUCCGGUGGAAAUCAAAAAUUCUCGGUACAAUAUGAAAGGACAGCAAUUAAGAGGAAAAAGGAGACCAUAUGAAGUGUUUGCACCGCUUUCAAGACUCUCCAUUGAGGAGGAGGAGGAGGAGGAGGAAAAGGAGCAAGAAGAACAAAAUAAGCAUUUUCUUCAUCCUUUAUCUUUUUCUGAUGAUAUGGAGGUGAAGAACGAUUUCAAACCCUUAGUAUCACAAAGAACUGAUACAGAAUGGAAAAAAGAAAAAACUACGAGAAAUCAUGAUUUGGUUCUAACACCUUGUAAAGAAAGAGAACCGCUCUCUGUUGAUGCUAUGGAUAAAAAUUCUUUGAAUCUCACUCAAUCAUUUUUGCGUUACCGUCUAAUUGAAGCUCCGACAAAUAUCUUACUAGAGAAGAGAGAUAUUAAACUCACUUCAGCGAGUGGUAUCGUCUCGAAUAACCUUGUUCAUAUGGAAAGAAGUCCUGGUAUGGAAAACUAUAGAUCUCUACUGCGUCCAACUGGAAAUUUGAGAAGUUUUUUUUCAAGAAAACUGAUGGCACCUGAAAUUUUAAUGGAUGAUGAUAAUAAUGAAAAUAAUAAUAAAGAGGGAAAUAAAUGUGAUGUUAUUUCUCCAUUAAGGUUUAGAAAAUGUGAAGAGGGUGGUAAACACGUGCAUUAUCACAUCGUGAAGCGUAUGGAGACGGUUGAGAGUAUCGCCGCUUUGUAUGGUAUUCACCCAGACGUUUUGUAUGAACUUAAUCCCUCAGUUUUAUUAGAGGGAGAAAAUGGCAUAGUUUUUUAUCGCGCUGCACUUCCGCCUGAAACAGUUUUGCGUGUUAUCAUUUCAUACCCUUUCUUGAAGAAAGGGUAA